AUGGGUGCCCUUCGCAGAAUCAAGACCAAGCGUCGCACAAGAGACUACGACCAGGUCCUAGCCGACAUCGAUUCCCCGCGCCACUUGUCGCAAUACAAGGAGACCAAGGAUGUCGAGGAUCUACCGGGACUGGGACAACACUACUGCAUGGAAUGCUCCAAGUGGUUCGAGAGUGAAUACAACCUGAAGGCGCACACAAAGGGCAAGAACCACAAGCGCAGACUGCGUAUCCUCAAGGAAGAACCUCACAGCCAACGGAUCGCGGAAGCCGCUGUUGGCCUCGGAGCUCCUGACAAUGGCAAGCGUCGGGAGGAAGACAACGUGGAGAUGAAAGAUUGA